AUGUGGCGUAGUUUUUUUGGGUUCGUGGUCCCGGGAGAAAACGUCGAGCUGAAAACCGAUUCGGAAUCCGAACCAGAAGAUCGCAAGCCCGUGGUCGAACAACUUCUGCUCACUCCGAAGCAACGGUACGCGGAGAAAAAGCGGAAAAUGGCGGACGAAGAGGUGAAAGCGUUGCUGAACCGGCGAGGGCACGUUAAGGGCAAGCUAACCCGGAUCAAGACUGCCCUAGCCCAGCCAGUGAUAUCGGCAGCGCAGUUCGAGGUCUACAAGGCUAACAUCGAGAAGUACUACGGUGAGUACGACGACCUGAACAAUAAGAUUUUGGAUUCCAAACUAACGGAGGAACAGGCGAGCGAGAAUGAUGCUCGGUAUUUGGAGUACGAGCAUCUGUACGACGAGGUGUUGGUGAAGCUCAGGGAGCUCACGGCACCACUGGAACGCAACCAGGCGGUUGUCCGCGCUGGACAAGCCGGCCAGCAGAUCAUCGUUCAACAGCAGCCACUGAGUGUACCCCUGCCGACGUUUGACGGGCAGUACGAGAACUGGCCCAAGUUUAAAGCGAUUUUCACCGAUCUGAUGCAGAAAUCGUUAGACUCGGACGCCAUAAAGCUGUACCACCUGGAGAAGUCGCUCGUUGAUGCGGCUUCAGGGAGCAUCGAUGCCCAAACGAUAAAGGACAACAACUACCAGCUUGCGUGGGAGACUCUUGAGGAGCGCUACGAAAAUCAACGGCUGAUCAUUGACCUCCAUAUCAGCGGAAUUCUGCAGCUGAAGCAGAUGACGAAGAAGUCGUCGAAAGAACUGCGGAACCUGAUUGAGGAGUGCGCCAGACACGUGGAGAACUUGCGGUUCCACAAGCAGGAACUGCUUGGUGUCUCGGAGCUGAUCGUGAUCCACAUUCUGUCCUCUGCCCUGGACGGAGAAACGCGAGAGUUGUGGGAGGCUUCCAUUCAGCGAAAGCAGCUCCCUAAGUAUCAGGAGACCAUGGACUUCCUGAAGAAGCGGUGCGACAUACUGGAACGGUGUGAGUCUGCCGCUACCGCAACGUCUGCUGGCGAACUGGUUCUUCCAGAGACGUCAUCGAAACCAACGACGAGGAUCGCCUCGGCAGCCAUGACUUCCAACGACGUGGAAUGUGAGCUGUGUGGUGGAUCGCACGCCAACUUUCGAUGUGGCUCGUUCCGUGGCAUGAGUGUCGCGGAGAGAUGGGCCAAGAUCCGUGAUGAGCGGAUGUGCUUCAACUGCCUGCGCAAGGGUCAUCGAGUGGAAAGCUGUCCAUCAGAGCGUACCUGCAAGUGCGGCCAGAAGCACAACAGUUUGCUGCAUUAUGAGCGGACUCAGCAGCCCCCACGGAUCAAUCCCGGAGAAACCCCAGCUCUCUCCGUGCCGGUCGAGGCUCUUCCACAAGUACCGACCCCCCGUGGUGAGGCUUGGACAAGUGGAACAAGUCCUGUUGUCUCUGACGCCGACGACGAGCAACAGACAACGUCUUGUUUCAGCAGCGGAGCACAGAAGUCGUCCCGGAGAGUACUUCUGCAGACUGCUGUUAUCAACGUUGUGGACGCAUCCGGUAGAUUCCAUCCGUGUCGCACGUUGCUGGAUUCCGGCUCACAAGCGCACAUUCUGUCGGAGGCGAUGGCGCGGAAACUCGGCCUACCCUUCGAGAAGUGCAACGUUACGGUCAUCGGAGCUAACGCAGCAAAGACGCAAGUGAAAAAGGGUGUCACCCUGAGUUUUGCGUCCAGGUACGUUAACUUCAGCGACAAAAUUUCGUGCCUUGUCACCGAGAAACCGACGGGACGGAUCCCGUCUGAGAAGAUCGACAUCUCUGCCUGGCGCGUCCCACGGGGAUUGCAGCUGGCAGAUCCACACUUCAACGAGCCGCACGAGAUCGAUCUGGUGAUGGGAUCAGAUUACGUGUGGGAUUUGUUGCGAUCGGAAGAGUUCAAGCUUGCAAACGGCACGGUGACACUGCGAGAGACCGAUCUGGGCUGGAUCGUGACCGGCUCGUACGACUCGUCUCCGCAGUUGAGUUGCCAAGUCGUCCACGUGCUGAACGCCGCUACGCAAAGAACGGAACGUGUCCCGUUCCAUGGAGCGCGACGUCUGGUGCAGAAAGCAGAGUCGGUGAAAGACCGGUUCUCAACUGCCACCAAGAUCGCGAAGAAGGAACUGUCCGGAACCAGCUCCAAGGAAGCAGCAGUGAAGCAGCUGGGAGAGAAGACGUUCCUGCAUGAAGAACCGGUAAAAAGGUGCUGCUUCAAUUCGAAGCAAGUGUUGAGGUGUAAGGAAGAGAAAGUGAUUGAACUCAAAAGAAGUGCCCUGAGAGACAACGACGACGGCCUGCCAAGAGUCGGUGGACGUCCGGUGAGCUUUCCGCACGGCGUGGCUUACGCUGGUGCUGUGACGGCGAACCGCAACCUACCCAGGAAGGAGCGCGCUGGUGCGCGUAGGCCUGUUGGCAACUCUGCCAACCGAAGACAGCGACCUGCUUCAGGAGGACUUCGGUUCUUCUGA